AUCUGUUCGUGCGUGGUAUGCGUGUGGAUGUGCGCACGUCUUCUAUAUCAGCAUAGGGCGGCGUAUGUUGUGCAUAUUGGAUCGGGAUGAACGGAGUAAUGUCUCGGGGAAACCUAACCUACCUUAAACCCAUCCCACCGACCUCUUUGCAGGCAGAUCGCGCAGACGGGGUUCUUCCUUUUUUUCAACUAUUUUACAUUAAAGCAACGUUGGGCGGGCAGGCAGGCAUGGUGACGAGCGGGCAAGGUUUUUUCUUUUUGGCUUGGUUGCUUGACUUUGGUUUUCCAACUUGGCAUACAACCUCUGUUUUUCUUGUUUUUAUGCCGUCAUUGUCCUGUCACGCGUGCCACUGGAUUGUCAGUUGGUUGGUUUUUUGGAGUUUGUACUGCAGAUAAUGAUUCGUUCAGAGUAUAAACAGUUCAUCUUCCAAAGUCUUUGUCCACAAUAUGUCAAUUGUGAAAUGACAGUUGUGAUUUACCCUGAGCUUAGCUGUCUUCCUGGAAUCAUUAACUGGUAAAGUA